AUCUAAAAAAGUUAAAAAUCAAAAUCUUGAAACUUCUUCAAUAAACAGUCACUAUCAGUAAUAAAUCUGACAUUACUGUAGGCACUAUCUAUCCACCUCGAUCUUCGUUCCUAUCUUUUGCCGGAAAACAAUUUCAUUAAUUAAUCUCUAAUAUAACAAUCAAAAAGAAAAAAAAAAUCUUGCCGAAAAUUAGGCGUUCUUCUUUUGUUUUUUUUUUUUUAAAUUCAUUUUACUCCACUAAACUUCUCCUUUAUCAUUUUCUUUCAAAAGAUUAAUGGCUGGCUCUGGAAAUUCUGAAUUCGAUCCUGAAUUAGCCAUUUCCCACAAAUUCCCCGAGAGUUUAUAUACUUAUACUGAAAGGGAUGCUGCCAUUUAUGCUCUUGGCAUAGGAGCAUGUUCAAAGGAUGCUGUUGAUGAUAAAGAACUUAAAUAUGUUUAUCAUGAAGAUGGUCAGAAAUUCAUCCAGGUCUUGCCAACUUUUUCUACUUUGUUCUCUGUUGGAGUUGCGCAAAUUGAGCAGCUUCCAGGCUUGCAAUUUGAUCCACGUCUUCUACUGCACGGCCAACAAUACAUUGAAAUCUACAAGCCACUUCCUUCCCAUGGCUGCAUACUUAAUAAAGCGAGUGUUGCUGGAUUGCAUGAUAAAGGUAAAGCAACCAUUAUUGAGCUAGAAAUUGUGAGUUACGAGAAAGAAUCUGGUGAACGGCUAUGCAUGAACCGAUUUUCUAUUUACUUGAGGGGUGCUGGUGGAUUCUCGAAGUCAUCUCAGCCUUACUCCUACUCCAGCUAUCGUAGCAAUCAGUCUGCUUUUCCUAAAAUUCCCAAAAGUCGGCCCUUCGCUGUAUUUGAAGAAUGUACACAUGCAUCACAGGCUUUGCUGUAUAGGCUAUCUGGUGAUUACAAUCCAUUGCAUUCAGAUCCAAAGUUUGCAGAAGCUGCAGGAUUUUCUCGUCCAAUACUGCAUGGGUUGUGCUCGCUUGGAUUUGCAGUUAGGGCUAUCAUAAAAUGUAUUUGCGGAGGUGAUCAGCACAAGAUCAAGAGCAUAUCUGGCAGAUUUCUACUACAUGUUUAUCCAGGAGAAACUUUAAUCACCGAAAUGUGGUUGGAAGGGUUGAGAGUCAUAUAUCAAGUGAAGGUGAAGGAACGUAACCGGGCAGUGCUUUCUGGAUCUGUGAAUCUUAAUCGUUUAAGUUCAUCUCUGUGAGUGUUCAUGGUGCGCUCACAAGGAAAUAAGGCUUUGUCGUUACCAAAAAAAAAAGGAAAUAAGGUUUUUUAUAAUAUUGUUUUAAUUUGUACUUCAUAUCUAUUUAUAGAUUCUGGAUUUAAAUUACUAUAUACCUGCGUGUCACUACUUGCUAUUAUGUCAGUGUAAUGUCCUAUCUCUCUGAUUAUACUUUGGCAUUCAA